CUAAUAUUUCUCCAAGUGUAAUGCCUAGUAGGCAGACUGUCAAACAAGCCACGCACACAACGCCGCACACACCUGACUUUUUUUCAGACAGAGCCAGGUGAGAGAGCAAGAGCUAAAGACGGAGACGGAGACUGCGACAGCGACAGAGACAGAGACAAGGACAGCGGCAGGACAAAGACGACGGCAUCAACGGCUGGGAAAGGACCAAGGAUGAAGCUAAGCGACAUCCUGAAAAGCGUGAGCAAGAGACUGCGCCUUGGGCAAACCACAAACUGUUCCACUCCUAUCUCGGAUCCGAUCUCCUCGACAACCACCACCACCACCACCACCACUACCACCAGUAGUGGUUUCCCCAGUACCAGUCCUUUUACCAAUCCCAGUUUCUUUUUCCCCACCUCGGAUUCGGCCACCCUGCUGAUUUCCUCCGAGGACGAGGAGGAGCCCACUCCAGGAGAGAGUCUUUUGGCCUUGGCCGCUGCACGGCUGAGCAGGAGGGAGCUAAAUCCUUACCAGCAGAUUGUCGAGCAGAUUCUGCGGAAGGUAAGCCAGUUGGAGCACACCAUUUACGAGGAUCAUCAGAACGAGUUCAGGCUGCGAAUGGCCUUGGAAAGGCAAACGGAACGGGUGCAGGAACUGUCCUUCUCGUUGGACACGGAGAAGAAGCGCAAUGGACGCCUGGUGCAGUUGCUCCAUGGAAUCGAUACCUCUGGAGGUGAGGGAAGCGAACCGGAAGAGAGGUUUAUCAGGCGAUCUCCUGUGAAGCCUGGCGGGGAUUUGUACGAUUCCAUUAGUCCACUGCUCAUGCAACAACGCUACGAUGAGCUCUCGGUUUCCCAUCGCCAAAGCUGCCGGCAGCUGGCAAAGAAGGAAAAGGCUCUGAAAAUCCUAAAGUCCGAAACGGAGGAGCUGCAAUCCAAAUACGAGCAACUCUUUGACGAAUAUCGGACUGAGCAACGUCGCUUUGAGAUGCUGUGCUCACGCUACAUGGAAGCCCAGAUGAAAAAGAAGCAACAGAUCUACAACCUGAAGAAUACCCUGGGUCAUGCCAGUGAGUGCAUCUACCAUGCCCAGGUGGCCAUCGAUGAGUGCUGUCAGCGGAAUAAAUCCCAAAGCAUAUCGCCGAAAAACCUAGAGAACUUCAACAAAAACCUAAGUGAUUUUAUGAACGCCUUGCGAAAUUGCUGUUGCCUGCAAAAGGUUCACGAAUUGCAGCAUCAGCAGCAACAGCAGCUUCGUCAGAAAGAGCCUUCUCUGGAAGUGAAAGAGAUUAAAUAUACCCAAAUUCCAUCGGAUGAUAAAACCUCGCCUGGCACCCAGCAAUCUUCGAAGCAAAGUCAUCGCAGUCGCAGACGACAAAGGAAUGCAAAUCGUUGAUGGUUCACUUUCGAGUUACUCAUUAGCAUUAGGUUACUUGUGAAAUCCCUUGAACCCUUAAAAUUUCUUUUUUAAGUCACAGAAAAAAGUGAAAAUAUGU